UAGUGAGCAGCCACCGUUACGAAAUGUCAGUAACAUUCCGAUUUUGAUGCACGAUGGAAUACCUGGUGGGCACCCUCUCCGAAAGCUAGAAGCCGGCCCAGAGAAGACACGCUCUUUUCGUCGUCUACCUCGGAGCGUAUCUACGACGACCUCCACGUGGCACGGACAAGUUAUGCUACGCAAAUUUCAACCAACAUUCCGUGCGUACAAACGUCAAAGAAUCAAGAAUCACACCGAGUACGAUAUAGUAAAAUAGGGACGAGACCUAGGCGCACGGGAAACCGACUUCGAAAAAUCGCGACCGAACACGGAAGCGCAUGCAAAAAGUGCACACAAGCCUGAAAAGCGUUGCACGAUUCGCUGCCAAAAUACUACCGAGUACGAUAUAGAGCAGCGGCGCACGAUAUAGUCGAGGAGGAAGCCAAAUUUGAGGUGGCCACUCGUAGACGAGCUUCGACAAGGAAGUGCUCCAAGCCUGAAGGGUACCGCACGGCUCGGUCGCCGAAGUCUCGAAACGAGAACCGCAGCCGAUCGAUCGACCACGAGAUUUCGGGAUCCCUCCUGAAAUAUUAAAGAUAUUAAGGAUAUUAAGUCUGUAUCGAUGGGGGUGUUUAGUAUAUUAUUCGGGAAAUACCUGCUAGCUACGAACACCAUAAGCUGCGGUUUGAUGAUGGCCAUUGGAGACAUUUUGCAGCAGCGGAGCGAACACUGGAAACGUCGCCACGACCAUAAAUAUUUCCCAGAACAGAGUUUAUCGCAAACCAUCGUCCAGUUCGAAUCGUCUGGAAUCGAGAACAUCGUUUUAGAAAAUGUCGAGGAAACUGAUCUGCCUUACAAGCACGAUUUCACCCGCACCAGGAACAUGAUGGCGGUGGGCCUGAUUCAGGGCCCGUUUCACCAUUAUUUCUAUAUCGCCUUGGAUCGGUAUUUACCUGGAAGAAAUACCAGUUCCAUCUUCAAGAAAACCUUCGUCGAUCAAGCCGUCGCUAGCCCGACGUGUCUGGGUAUAUUUUUCUUCGGCCUCGGUCUUCUAGAAAGCAGAGACAUAAAAGACAUCAACGAAGAGGUCAAACUUAAGUUCUUUGAUACGUGGAAAGUGGAUUGCUGUUUCUGGCCUCCCACGCAAUUCAUCAAUUUUUUGUUAGUACCUGUUAAAUAUCGCGUGAUUUAUAUUAACCUGAUGACCAUGAUUUACGACAUCUUUCUGUCGUAUAUUAAAUAUGACGCUGCUUUUUAACCGCACAAUAUUUCUACGAAAGUCACCUUCGGAAGUGGCACUGGAUCUUACCGCAACGACGGCAUAAUUCCUGCAAUAAUCGAGCAUAAUAAUUUUAAAGAUUGUUAUACACAUAGGAAUUAAUUGUAAAUCAAAUCGCAAUAAAAUGACGACUUUUGUAGUAA